AUGUUGCUGAGUUCCUCCUCCUGCCUUGCCGGACAGUUCCCUGCAGGAGCUUCACCCCAUGGGAUGAAUUACCCAAGAAGACCCAGCGGUGUGCCUCCUCCACUGGUCACCAGAGCAGCAUCGGUUGUGCCAAAUUCAGGGAUCCUGCAAGGCAUGCACGGAGACAAACUGAAGGCUACAGUGAGAAAGCAGCUGCAGGGAGCCGAGCCAUCGGCGUCUUCAUACGACACGGCAUGGGUGGCCAUGGUGCCACUCAGGGGCUCUCCCCAGGCUCCGUGCUACCCUCAGUGUGUCCAGUGGAUCCUUGACAACCAACAGCUCGACGGGGCUUGGGGCCAAUCCCCUACCGGUGCAGCCACCAAAGAACUUCUCCUCUCCACGCUGGCCUGUGUUGUUGCCCUUAAGAGAUGGAACACUGGCCCGGAUCAGAUCCGGCGAGGACUGAAUUUCAUUGGAAGAAAUUUCUCGGUUGCCAUGGAUGGGCAAACUGUCUCUCCUGUGGGGUUUAAUAUCACCUUUUCUGGUUUGCUUAACCUUGCUACUGAGAUGGGUCUAGAAUUCCCUGUUAUUGAAAGGGACAUCGAUGAUAUUUUUUACCUCAGGGAGAUUGAACUGAAAAGGGAUGGCGGUGGCACAGGUGCAGCAAGAAAAGCCUUCAUGGCAUAUGUAUCAGAAGGGCUUGGGAGAAGACAGGAUUGGGACCUUGUAAUGCCAUAUCAGAGGAAGAACGGCUCAUUGUUCAACUCGCCUUCCACAACGGCUGCUGCAGCAAUCUACAGCUGCAACGACAGGGCACUCGACUAUUUGGGUUCACUCACUAGCAAAUUCGGUGGCUCAGUGCCAGAGAUAUAUCCAGACAAUUUAUACUCCCAGCUUUGCAUGGUGAACACUCUCGAGAAGAUGGGGAUCUCUUCGGAUUUUGUCUAUGAGAUACAAGACAUAUUGGACAUGACUUACAGGUGCUGGAUGCAAAACGAGGAAGAAAUCAUGUCGGAUAUGACGACGUGUGCAGUGGCAUUCCGUUUCCUUCGUAUGAAUGGUUAUGACAUCACCUCAGAUGGAAUGGCUCAAUUUGCUGAACAAUCCUGCUAUGAUGAUUCAAUUCAUGCAUAUCUCAAUGACAUUAAGCCUUUGAUGGAGCUGUACAGAAGUUCACAAGUUUGCUUCUCCGAAAAUGACUUGAUCCUACAAAAUAUUGGUUCCUGGUCAGCUAAAGUUUUGAAGCAGCAACUCUCCUCCAGAAAGAUGUCAAAAUCAUUAACACCAGAGGUUGAGUAUGCCCUUAAAUUCCCCAUCUACGCAAACGUGGAACCCCUAGAGCACAGAGGGAACAUAGAACGAUUCAAGACAAACAGCUUCCAUCUUCUGAAAUCAGGAUACUGUGGCUCCCGCGCAAAGGAAGAAAUUCUUGCCUUGGCUGUUGACAAAUUGCAUUCUGCCCAGUCUGUUUACCAACAGGAACUUCUGUUUCUCAAGAGCUGGAUGGCAGAAUACGGACUGGAUGAGCUGAAAUUCGCAAGAGUACAGCCGCUGCAGUCGCUCUUGUGUGCCGUAACGCCGUUGUUCCGAGAAGAACUGUCGGACGCCCGUGUUGCAUGGGCCCAGAACGUCAUACUGUCGACCGUCAUGGACGACCUGUUCGACGGCGGAGGAUCCAUGGAGGAGAUGAGGAACCUGGUCGCCCUCUUCGAGAAAUGGGAGAAGCACGGUGAGGUUGGCUUCCUGUCACAGAACGUGGAAAUUGUGUUCAAUGCUGUUUACCACACCAGCAACCGUGCUUAUGCGAAGGCCGCGCUGCUGCAGAAACGCAGUGUCGUGGUUCACAUGGCCGAGCAAUGGGCGGUAGAGGCCAGGGCGAUGAUGGCCGAGGCAGAGUGGGUGGCAAGCAAGCACAUGCCGGCGACAAUGGAGGAGUACCUGUCUGUGGGUGAGUACUCCUUCGGGCUGGGCCCCAUUGUCCCAUUGUCGUUGUACCUUCUGGGCCACGAGCUGCCGGAGGAGGUCGUCCAGAGCGGUGAGUAUGUGCGGCUGCUGCGCCUCGCCAGCGUCGUCGGCCGCCUUCUCAACGACGUGGCGACCUACGGGAGGGACAUGGAGGCAGGGAAGCCCAACGCCGUCCUGCUGCAGGCUCUUCGACGUGACGCCACCACCGGCGGCGGAGUAUCUCCGGCGUCCAUGGUGGCGGCCAAGGAGGACGUGAGGAGGGUCAUCGCGGCGGCCAGGAUGGAGCUGCAGAGGCUGGUGUUCAGAGAUGGGCACGUGGUUCCUCGGACGUGCAGGGAGGUGUUCUGGCAGACGAGCAAGGUGGCGAGCAUCUUCUAUGGAGAGGAGGAAGACGGGUACUCGCACAAGGCGAUUCGGAGCAUGUCUGACGCGGUGAUUCUUGAUCCGAUGCAGCUAGCUGCACCUACCACAACUUUACAUUGGAGCGAAAUCGAACUGUAA